AUGACCAGGUUCCGCCAUGUUUUUACUGCGACUGCCUCACCUCGCGAGCUGCAGCAACAAAAGCAGGAAGUGACGAUAAAAUGUAUGACGUCAUAUGAACACAAAAGUGCUUUGAAAGCUUACUCCCGUCUAUAUCGGAACAGACUCGCAGUGCUGCCAGUACUGCCAGUUUGUGAUUACCAUUGCAAGAUAUUAGCAGUUGUUGCAAGUCAUGGUGGUCGUACACAUGAUGCUCGCGUAUGGAGCUCAUCUCGACUAUGUACACACAUGUUUAAUGAAUACGAACAUGGAAGAAGAAAUGUAUGGUUAAUAGGAGAUUCUGGAUAUCCACUGCUAGCAUACCUCAUGACACCAAAAUUGAAUCAGCCACUAGGAAGUCCAAGUGCUUUAUAUACAGAUAAUCAUAUUAAAGCACGAUGCUCGGUAGAAAGAACUAUAGGGAUAUUAAAAGGAAGAUGGAGAUGUUUACGUAAAGAAAGAGCUUUACAUUACUCACCAGAAUUUGCCGCACUUAUAAUAAAUGCAACCUGUGUUUUGCAUAACAUUGCAAAGCAGUUUAACGUUCCGAAUAAUGAAAUAUACAGAGAAGAGAAUGUUGAUGAGGAAGGUAUAGAAGUAGAAAUUCAUUUACCUGUAAAUAUGCGUGCAAAAGGACAGGCGAUACGCGAGGCAAUAAUUCAAAGGUUCUUUAACCAAUAA